GUAACCAGGUGCCUCUAGUGGACACUGAAGAUCUGAAUAAGACCGUCACUGUUCCAAAUAGUCCCGGUGUACUGAAGGAUGAAAAAUGGACUACAGUACGGAAUAAACGAAGUGAAAAGAAAAAGGCUGUGGGCAAUGCGCAGGUAGUUAGCAAGUCAUUGGUGAACUCCCAUUGUGAGUCACAAAACGUACUACCGAAAUCUGAUAGAAAGAGGGAAAACCACCCAGGUGUGACUGAAAAAAAGAAUCUGAUAUCAUCGAAUAUUAUUGUUAGCAAAUUACUGGAGUCAAACGACCCUGACCCCAAAAUUAGACAUGCGCAUGAUUUAGAGAAGUUGGGAGAUUAUAUUCGUAGUAUCUUACCGGAUAACUCUAAAGGAGUCCAGGUCAAAAAGCUGGUAAGAAUAGGCAAGAGGACCGAAAACAAUGCUGAACCUCGUCCAUGUAGACUCCUUAAGGUAAUCCUAGGAUCAGAGACGCAACGGGACCUCCUGUUAAGUAAUGCUCGUUGUCACGACAAUUCUGAUAUCCGAGUUAGACCUGAUAUGUCUCUCGAAGACAGAAUAAAAAGAAAGAAAGCACUAGCUGAACUAGAAAUCCGCCAACAAAAUGGUGAGAAAAAUCUCCGGUUAGUGGGUUUUCGGAUAGUCAAGUCUUGGAAGCGAAUGCUACCAAGGCCUGUAUGGAUAGGCCGUUCUACCUAGGAGUCUUAUAUGCCAAUGCUCGUAGUCUAAGAAAUAAGUUCUAUGAGCUAGGAGCAUUAGUGGACAGAUUAAGGCCACUCAUCGUAGCAGUGACAGAAACUUGGUUAGUCCAUAACUUCGACAUUACUCCAGAACUAUCGGGAUACCAUUACCUAAGGAGUGAUAGACAUAGUUGUAGAAAAGGAGGUGGUGUCCUGUUAUAUAUAUCCAAUAGUAUAAAUAUACGCUCCUUUGUUAGCGAAUCCCAUGACAGCGGUACUUGUGAAGUUAUUAGCUGUAAAUUGGAUAUCGGAUGUAGUACGUUUAUGCUCGGUGUCAUCUAUCGCAGCCCAAUCUGUUUAGCCGAUGACUUUAUUCUAGAGCACAUUCAUCUUUGGAGUACCAAUACCAGGUGCUUGAUAAUAGGAGACUUUAAUGCACCUAACAUUAGUUGGGCUGAAAUGACCACAGAAGGAUCUAUAAACUCCUUUGAAAAUAGGUUCCUGAUAACAAUAAUGGAGCAUGCAUUAGUGCAGCAUGUAUCCAAACCUACACGUUUUGGUGCUAACCAAGGUUCUUCUCUGUUGGACUUGGUAAUCACUCAUGAUACUGAAGAUAUUGUCGACCUAAAUGUUCUCCCACCGUUAGCGAACAGUGAUCACGCUGUUUUGUCCUUCUCGUUUAGAACUAGGGACAUGUUAUACGAUCAGGUCACACCCCGCCCAAAUAUAUGGAAAGCUAACAUAUCAGCCAUUCAGGAAUGCGCUGCUAAGACAGAUUGGUUUGUAGAUACUAGCUUAUCAGUUGAAGAAGCAUGGUCUGUAUUCAAAGGACUGAUCGUUUGAGAGGACACUCAAAAAAAAUUCAAAAACCGAGAUCAAAUCGUUUACGUCUGGAGUUUCGUUUCUCUCAUCGAGUAGUGAAUUAUUGGAAUUCUCUACCGGAACACGUAAUAUCAGCACCUUCUGUUGAUAUAUUCAAGACGAGAUUGGACCUCCACAGUAUUACAAACUGCAAGGAUUAAUACAGGUCGAUAGACCUCCUAUCCUUAUUACUGAAGACUGAAGACUGAAGA